GUUUCCCCCAUCCUCGUAUCGAAACACUGUUAUUCUUCCGCGUUAUCCUUGAAUAAAAAAACCGGAAACUGAUCCACGUUCAAAACUACCCUUUCCAGAACUCAAUCAACGCUUUUUACCUCCGGGAACGGUGAUUAAAAACCGGCAAAUGACAGGGUCGCCUUAAAAAUGCAGUGCGGCAUAUACCAUCCCCUAAAAAUUUAACCGGAUACGAGUUUUUCUAUAAUCCAGAGGAAGCAAAUAGUAGAAAUCAUGUUUUCGUGUUUGUGGCAGCUUUGGGAAUGGAUUGAUCCUGCUAAGAUGGAUAAAAGCAUGAAACCCCAAAGUUUUGAUAACUCUGCGUCCCAUAAUCAAAACAUCCUUAACCACGAGCCAGGAUCUCAGCAGCAAGUCCAUCAGCACAAAAUUGGCCCGCAUUACUAUCCCUUAAUACAUCAACAUCUUCAAAUCAAGAACCAUCCACAUCCGGCGCAGUCCCCUCUGUUGUUGAACAUAAACAAUCAACAGAUGAUUCACACUACGGCUCAUCGGCAUUUUCAGCAUUAUCCUCAAUACGGCGUCAACGUGAACUCCAACGACUACGCUCAUCAACACAUGCCUAAAAUUAAUCAAGCAACGAUACCACAGAAUCAACAACAGAAUAACGUCGAAAUAUCCACGGUGCAACAGAAUAAUCAUUCGGCUGAAGAAUCGUUAAAGCAAGAACAAGCCAGAGAAGUUCAAACAAAAACACCAACUCCCAAGCCUAAAGCGAAAGAAAGUGAGAGAAAGCAACUUAGAUCGCCCUCAGCUAGAAGACCUGCAAAUGCUCCCGUAGCUAUGCAAGGAUGGUUGCAUAAGCAAGGAUCUGAAGGGUUCAUGCUUUGGAAGAAGAGGUGGUUUGUGUUAUCGGAAUACUGCUUAUUUUAUUAUAAAGGUGCCCAAGAAGAGAAAUUGUUAGGAUCUAUUUUGCUUCCAUCCUACAAAGUUUCUGUUUGUGGACCUGAAGAUAAAGUAAACAGAAAAUUUGCCUUUAAAUGUGAACAUGCUAAUAUGAGAACGUACAUAUUGGCAGCUGAUUCGCAAGAGCUCAUGAUGCAGUGGGUGCAUAUAUUAAAUUUAGCCUGCAACCUUCAAAAUAAUAUAGAAUUAUCUAGCGAUCAUCCAAGAUCUCAACAUAUCGAAUCAAUUCCAUCAAAAAGUCCAGUCAACCAAACAUCCGUCUCUAGACCAAGUAAUAGUCAUAUGCACAUUCAUAGUUCUAGCAACACAACUGAUUUGAGCAACUCUAGUCAACAGGAACUAAAUCAGUACAAUCAACCACUUUAUGCAAAUGCACCUCCUAAACCCCGAAGGCUAACAGACGGGUACUGCUCUCCUGGUCUUGAAGCCCUCGAAAGGUACGCUAAUUACCAUCCUGGGCCUAGUAGUGCCGCUAAAAGUCCGUCGAGCGCCUACAGACGGCAAAUCGAGCACCCUGAUCGUAUAGGAAUGCAAAUAUACGGCGAAAGAAUGCUUCUAGGUCCUCAAAAUAUCGAUCGAAGAACACCAGACACGUACGGAAGAUCCAACUUAACAAAAUACAAAAACCCUUCCGAUUAUGAAGACAUAUAUGCCGAGCAAAGUGCAUAUAAAAGACCACUGAGCCCUGUAGCUUCGGAUAACUUGAUAAAAAAAGGAUAUCCAAGUGUAAACUUAGGAUACCCCAUUAAGGGAUACGCCCCACCCUCUAUAGAAAUCCUUCGAGCUCAAUAUCCAGAGUCAAUUCCGAUGAGGAAGCCUCCAGCUCAAGCCAUUUCCAGGCCUCACAGUGCCGAUUUUCUAGAAUAUAAACCAAAUAAGUUAGAACCAAAUCCGUCCGCCACAUCAGUGUCUCAACAGGCUAGGCCUAAAUCAAGUCUGGACAUCAACAUGUGCUCAAAAGACUGCGACGUUGCUCCUAGAUCGAACUUUAUAAAUCCUGGAAACAGGAGUAGGGACAACGACUAUUUCUAUUCUCAAGAACGAUAUGCGGAGAAAAUGCGAAAAAGUGCUCAAUAUCUCCAAAAAAUGCCACUAAAAUACCAACCGGUAGAUCCAACUCACCGAAAGCACAGAGAGCGAUACGACUUGGAUUUUUCAAAUAGCUAUGGAUACAAUUAUCCUUUUAAAGAACCUGUAGAAGCUGGAGUAAAUGCUCAGCCUGUUCGUAGUAGAAGUGCUCUCAGCGAAGGUUCUCUCCUUUGUGCUCAAGACAUUGAAAAUGAGAGCUUAAACCGAGAAGGCCCGAUGACUCACGAACAACAUUUAGGACAUAACGUUAAAACAACGUUGAACCACGAUCAAUUUAUUCGUUCGGCAAGUGCAAGAUUGUCCCAAAACAACAGAGAUGAUCAAAUUUUAGAUGAAAGCGUCACUCGUAUGGAAGGUGAACGUAAGAGAGAGGAAUCCAUGAAGCGAUUACUUGAAUGGAAACAAAGGAUGCUACAAUCUCCAUUAAACCGAAAAGCACAGGCUCAAACUUACAAAGGUUACGGUAUGGGAAAAGAAAAUAUUUAUAGCUAUCAAAAUUAUGUGCUUGACCGGAAACAGAAAAAAUCAGUUUUGCCCAACAAAACAUCGAUGCAUAAUUUAGUUCAAUACAAUAGUUAUUCUUCCGAUGAUGAAGACAAUAGGGAGAGAACAAGCAAGACAAGUAUGCACUCACAGGCAGGACUGACCGUGGACACAUUUCCGAAUAACUCUGAUUCACUUGCAUAUGCACCAUUCACUUCUACCACUACUCUAAAGCUUACUGAGGAGCCUGUCGCAUCUACAAAUAAUUUAACUGACGUUUCAUCUAAGGAACAUCCAGAAGAGGUCCCUUGCAAUAGCCAAGCAUCCAUUUCCAGUGAAGUUAGUGAUAAUACCCUUAUAGCUGAUAUCAAAUCAAACGGUGCACUAGUUAAAGCAAUUCUUUCUGAAUUCCAAAGUCCGUCAAUAAAAGAAUCUUUAGUUCAAGAAGGAAAUUAUAUGCCAAUGUCCCCGAAGAAAAGUAUUUUGCAAUCCAAAAGUGACACGAAUAGUGAUGUAAGUGUCAAUUUUAAUGACGCCGAUGAAAAUCAUUAUGUAGAAAUGACUCGUACAGUAGACAGUUUAUUAAUGGAAUCAUCUAACGAUUUUGAUCCAAACGAUCAGCAACAAUAUGAAAUGGUGUGUUUUGGUGAAAACAAAGUUGAGCCAGUUUACAUGGAAGUGCCAGGAAUGAAAACCCAAAGAACUAGUAAGAAAAACGAUGAAUUGCCUGAUAUACUAAAAUCACCUGCAAGCCAUCAAAGUAAAGACAGCAAAUCUGAUAGCUCAGAUGCGGAUGAUGAAGCGUCGAAGGAUUUAGAAUGUUUAGAAAGUCCAUCUCAACCUCGAUUUAGUCUCUCCGAUACAUUUAGACCAGCAUCUUAUUACCUAGGAGUCAGUAAGACUAUAACAGAAUUUCAAGACAGCUCAGACAGUGAGCUGGUGUCUCCUCCUCCGAUUCCAACAAGCUCUCCUCCAUUAGACGAUGAUUACUUUGUGCCUACUUUACGUGCCAAGAAAGAAUCUUCGUUAGAGAAUAGAAACUCAGAUCAAUAUUUUAACAGCAACAACAGAAACCGAAAAAUAAGAGAUGGAAAAGACCAUUUAGAAGCUAGUAAUUUGAGUUUUCUAUCACUUAAAGAUCCAGACACUUCAUCAAGUUACAGAAAUUCCGAACAAAAUACUAGUAUUAACAGAUUAUUUUCAAACAAUGAUAAAAUGUCAGAUUUAUCAAUGGAAAAUAGAAGAAGACCAGUAUCUGAUGACUUUAGUACACCUACUGAAUAUGGUAAAAUUGAGGAUAUAAGAGCUGUUAAGUCUUAUUUCGAAGGUUUGCAAUUAGAUGAACAGCAAGCUAAUGAACCAAAGGUCACCGACAGUCCUGCGUAUGAAAAUUUUAUCAUUAGUAAAAAUAUGACUUUUCAAGAAUCGACAGAUAGAGACACUCCUGUUGACAAAACAGUAAAGCAACAAUUUGUUUCAUCCAGUCCUAUAGCAGAAGCUCGUUCUAACUGCUGUCCAGAAAUCUGCUCGGCUUCUGUAGAAGUUAACAGCUUUAUAGGAAAUUCUAACAGAUCUACCCCAGUCGUAAGCACAUUGGAGUUAUCUGGUAGCCAAAUUGAUAUUCCUCAAAUUGUUCCGUACUACUAUUCCGAUCUAUCUGGAAAUAUAUCAAGUUUAGAGACAACUUCGACGUUAAACAAUCAAAGAGAGAGUACAAACGGCAGCAAAAAGGAUAUUACACAUAUUAUAAACCCCAUAAAAUGCAAUACACAAGACAGAUCAUCACCUAUAGAAGACACUACUAAUAAAUUAGCUGCUGAAGCUAGAUCUGUGUCCGUGGAUUUUCUAAACCUAACUGAUAAAACUGAUAAUAUUGACAAAAAGAACAUUUAUGAAUCGGAUACAUUAAAACGGCAAAAAGUAAAUGAUACUCAGAGCCUUGACAUUCAUCCAGAAUCGCGCAAUUUCUACGUGUACAGAAAAACAGAUAAAUUUGAUGAAAUGGACUUGAGAACAGAAAGGUAUGUUAGGAAAUCAUAUUCUCUAGAAGGGCUAUUGGAAAAUGUCCUUAACGAAAACAUAGCUGGUGAAACUAACCCAAGGGAUAGAGGUGCUCUGGCAGGUGACAAUACGGCGUCAGAAGGAAGUUAUUUGUGGGAAGAAGAUUCAAUCUGGAGGGAACAGCUGAGAUUUGUUAGUCAGAGACAUACGAAGUCGAUGGAUGACUUAGACAGUAUUGAGGUGGAUCAAGAAAUAUGUCAAAAGAAACCUCCCAGGGCCAUAACGAGAGAAGUUACUUACGUGAACGAUAUUUUGUUCAAACCUAAUGAGGCUGCUAACAAGAAACCUCCUAAAACUUCCAAAACAGAAAUCAAAAAGAAAGGGAGUUUUCUAAUCGACAGAGAAACGCUUAGGCAGUGGGAUUUACUGUCGAGUGCACCGUCCGAUGAUCAGUUGUUAAAAAUUGCAGGUGCGCAGGCACCUCAGAGUCACAUGGUGGUAGAUUUAGGUGAAGGUAGUAGUGAUACUGGCGAUAAUGGAAACAACCCAGAAACAGCGUCAGGAUCGAUAUCGAUUAAUCCUAGGGAUAAUACAUUGCAAAGAGACACAUUCCCAAGGGCGAUAGCAAAAAGGAGUAUUACUCCAAAUAUUCCGCCAAACCUCCAGGCCAGAAGUAUUACAAAUUUAGAUAGACCCCCAUAUAAAAAUGACAAGAACAUUCCUGGUUAUCCAACAUGGUCAAACCAUCCCCAAUAUCUAUACGAGCAAGAACAGGACUUCAAAGCCUCGCAGAAUGACCUAACUAAAACCAAAAUAAAUGUGUCUGCGGGAGAGCUUCUUGGCAGGACUCACGAAGAAUUAGUUUUACUUUUGAUCCAGCUGCGUCGACAACAAUCCCAAACAUUUCAGGCAAUCGAAAAUUGUUACGACGAGAUUGAAAUUUUACAGAUAAACAUUCUUAACAUGGACCACAUUCAAAGGAUGGAAAAUCUUCAAAAGCUCGAGCGUAUUAAACAAAAUCUUUUGGAGCUGGAAAAACAAUACGAAAAAAGAAAACCCCUGGUAAAUUUAGUUGAUAACAUGGUCAAACUUGGGUCGUUGUACCGAAAUCCUAACGAAAGAAACGACAUGACUCGACAUAUCCGCGAAAGACUCGAAUUCAACCAACAUAUCCAAGAACGCCGGCUCUUAGCCGAAGAAAAAAGAGAAUGGAACAGAAUUGAACCUAGUCAUAUCCAACUACAAGAAAAAGUGCGGCAGUUAUACCAGCUGGAUGGUUUAAUUCAAGAAGAAUCGAGAAAUCUUCACAAUCUUCAACGUGAUAAAGAAGAUAUUGAACGAGCUCUUAGCGGGCUACGAAACAGACUCAUAAGAGGCUUGAACAAUCCUGAAGAAAUAGAACAAGCGCGCAGGCAGCAAUUUAUUUUAGAAAAUGAAUUGAGUAGGGUUCACCUGAUGCUGGCUCAAAAUUCAAAGAAACUUGAAGAAACAGUAGCGGGCAACGCCAGAUUAGAACAAGAGCUUUUGGUGCUAAAGCAGAAACUGCAAAGUUCCAGACAUCAAAGAUGCUCACCUCAGUUCUCCAAUGCCGGAGAAAGCCUUCCGUAUUUAUCAGACACCAGUCAAGUGUUGGAAACUGAUUUAGAAAAAGUCCAAAAGAAAAUUGGAGAUUUGCAAAAACAACGAGAAGAACUUAGUUUACAAGUUCGGCAACUGACUGACAAAUCAACUGCAACGCAUUCUCACCAGAAUUUACACCUACAUCACCAUGAAAAUCAAUCUGGUAAUAAAAAGAGACCUACAUCGUUUUGGAGGGAAACCGACCUCGACUCUAUGAACUUUAUUGAUCACGGUUACGAAAGUUUCUCAUCCACAACACCUUUAUAUAUAAAUACCGAUGUGAAAUCGUUGGGAGGAAAUGAUUUCGCAGACAGAAACUUAAAAACAAGCGACUCGACCAGCGACGAUACUGCUCUCUCAUCAAACCAACUAGAAAAACAAGAAAUAAAGACAGUUCGAAUAGUAAAAAGAGAAUCUGAACGCCGACAGAGAGACCGAGAAAAAACGUUCAACGGAAAAUGCGAUCCGCUAGUGGAAGAAGACGAUUCCUCUCAAGGCUCUUCUAUUCUCUUCAGGCCGACAUCCUUGCCUCAAAAGCUACCCUUCGAUCACCAGCACCAUUCCCUGCCCACUAGAUCAAGUAGGAACAAGCCCGCAGAACUGAGUCCUGUGUUUAAAAGCGAGGCUGCCCGUCAGAUUAUAACUGAGGUGUCAAAGAAGGAACCAACUGCUCAAGGGCAACGAAGGGCUGUGCCAAAGGAACGGCGGCGGCAUCACACAGCCCCCCACGACAAUCUGGUUUGUCUAGGAAACCUCGAAGGUCGUAGAGCAAGGGAUGACUUGGAUAUUGAGCGAGCUCUGAGGCAAAGAAUAGAUGCUCCUGAUAUCGUUCGCUCGACGUUAAGUAAUAAGGAGCUCAAGUACAAUGAAGAAACUAUUGAUAAUAUUUUGAGUACUCCAAACAAAAUUUUAAUACCUGAACGUUACAUUCCUGAGCAGCUACCACAACCCAGCGCGGAAGAACAAGAAAAACGAAAGAAAAAAGUGGAAAGCAUUAAGAAGAUGCUGUCUGAUACAGCCAUCAUCAGCGCUCCUCCAUCAACUAGUCAUACAGAUGACAAAACAGCUGACAAAAAGGCUACCACCAGUACAAAGAGCGGAUCGACGUCAAGCAUUAUGGAAGAGAAGAAACAAAGGGAGCAUCUUCUCCAACUCAACCAAAUUUUAGCAAAACAGGUCAUGGAAAUAAGCAAAGUUGUUGCAGGAAGCACUGAAGCUGACAACAGUUGAUUCAUAACACAGUAUUACAUUAGUAAAGAAUUUAGCUAAACUACAGUUGAAUCCUCAGCCAAUUAGCACUGAAGAAGAAGAUUCUUCGCCAGUGACACCACUUCCAUUAUAUCAGCAACGUGAAAAUUACUACAGUUAGAAAUUUUAGAAAAAAUGCCAUAUAUAACCAAAAAUAAAUGUUAAAUCGUUACUUUUCUAUUUAUAAUAGUCUAUGUUCAAUAAUAUAGAAGGCAAUUAUAUUCAAAUAGUAAGAAAUUCAUUAUAAACUUGCCUUAAAUAUUUUAAUGAAUUCAGAAAAAAAGGUUGUUGAUAUUCUAAUAUAAAUCUUUGUGUGGAUUUAUAGGAAAAUAAAUGUAUAAACUUCUUUCAGGGUAUUUUAAAAAAAUUAGGCGUCUGAUACUCAUUUUUUCGAAAAAUAUAACUGAGGCGCCACAAGUUCACUGAACAAUUCUAAAUAAAAUAAAUGUAAGGCUGCUUUUUUAUUUUUCAAGUACAUUACUGUUAAACUCAUAUUAUACAUCGUAAUGACUGAAAUAUAUUACUGUUACGUGUACCUUUUAUUGUAAAGUACAAAGUAUUUAUUGUAUGUUAAAAUUUAUAAUUUUAUUGCUUUAAAACAAAUCUAAUUUACUGUUAUUACUGUACGUAUUUUUUUUUAAUUUAUUCGCUACAGCGCAUAAGAUUUUUCUUUUCGAAAAAUGUGAUAUUAAUUCAUUUCUAUUUUUUUACUAUAUUUCUGCUUUUCAAAGAAAUAGCCGGUAAGCGAAUAAGUUAAAUGUCUUAUUAGAUAAGUUAAUUUAUUAAAUUAUACAUAAACUAGAACUGACUCCUCGACAAUAAUUCAAUUUUUUGAUUAGUAUAUGAUUCGCGUUUUAAUUUUGUUGGAUUCAUACACCCUGAAUUGUAUUUUGAUUAGUAUUUCUGGCCUAUGCCUUUGCCUAAAUAUUCAGCCAAUUAAAAAAAACUUUGUUAUAAAUUGAGUACAGUAUUUUGCUCACAGAAAACAUGUGAACCUUUACAAUAUAAGCAAUAUACUCUUGUUAGUGACUAAAAUCUAAAAUGUCACAUGUUGAUGUUUCCUAAUUUACAAUAAAAAAACUAUUUUUUUUUUGUUGAGGAAUUAUAAUAUUAAGGUAUAUGAAUAAUAAAAAUCGAAUUUAAAAGAUAUUUUGAUGUUUUAUAGUCUAUAGUCGCUGGCAAAUGUAAAUGAAUGGUCUAAUUAUAAUAAAGUAUCUCAUUGGAUAAAAUUACGUAAACAAUGUUUAAAUGUAGCCAAAAAAUGAUUAAUUAAAAUUAGUAUCCUGGAUACCUUUGAUAGUUUCAAAACACAGUUGGUUAUUUUAAGAUAAGGGAACGGUUUUUGGAUAUAUACCAACUAUUUUUCAAAACGAUAGACCCAAAUGCGUUUUAUAUUAAACGCAUGAUUUAUUUUAUUUCUCUCUGAAUUAAUUUUAGAUCAAAAAGUAUCUCGAGUGGGUUUUUAUGUAACUAAUCAACACAGGUAAACUUAAGGUAAACAACAACACACCUUAGUAUGAACAAAAUUAAAUAAAUAACCAAGUCAUAAUAGGUAUAAAACCAACCAGUUUAUUGUUAAAGUAUGUAUAUAUGUGUAAAAUAAUGAGAAAAAACGUAUUUCUGUAUAUAAGUCUUGUAUGUAUAAAUCAGAUGCGGAAAAUAUGUACAUAGUUUUGUAGACCAAAAAAAUAUCUUUUAAAUAAACAGUUAUUUGAAUAUCUAA